CUGCAGAGUGGCUGUGUUAAGAGCUCUCUAUGAUAACCCGUCGUUAACGACUGUCAAACCUCUGGCUCGAGAAAAAGGCCAGAACGAGCUAGCACAGAGUUCUGCUCUUGACGACAGAAUGCAUUCACCUACCUAUUGAUCAAAACAGAUCGGAUUAGACGUGAACGGUGAAGGGAGGGGCGCAAUUGGAGGGACCUUUUAAUCACAAGGUUUAUUGUAUUGUGCCUCAGGUUGACGUAGAGACUCUACCACCACUCAUAGUGCAAACAUGAGCGCAGCUGACGUUGACGCGGUGGACUAUGGCGUGGAGGAGGACGAGCUGCUUGAAGAGGAUGCAGCGAUGGAGGAGGACGAGCCCGUGGCUCCAAAAGCAGGGGGCCUGAAAACCAAAGGGCGUGGUUUUAAGGACUCUGCAAAUGAGAGGGGCGACAGGCAAGGUGGUCAAUACGAGUCGUUACGGGCUGGGGCAGGGCCUGGGCCUGCAAAAUCUGUGGAGGGUUACAUCAUUCUAGUUACUGGCGUGCAUGAGGAGGCGGCAGAGGACGAUAUCCAUGAGGCAUUUGGCGAGGCUGGGACGAUCAAGAAUUUGCACCUCAAUUUGGAUCGUAGGACGGGAUUCGUCAAGGGUUACGCUUUGAUCGAGUACGAAACGAAGGCGGAGGCAGCCAAGGCGAUCGCAGAACUAGAUGGGGCGGAAAUGCUCACCCAGACCAUCCGCGUUGGCUGGGCCUUCAGCAACUCUGCGCUGCGGUCCCUCAAGCAGCCCCCCCGAAGAGACUAUGAGGAUCGUGGAAGGCCACGGAGCCGCUUGGAGGGUAGGCUAGGUUGAGAUGACUGUACAGUUUGGUUCGUGACCUCAUUGAGGAUGCCUUGAUUUCGGCGAGACGUAUACUUUCUAUCCUGGAGCAUUGAGCUGCUCUUUGCGUUAGUGAAGGAGGCGCAUCUCGUUCGUCUCGACAAUCAGAGUCGAAGAUUUGAAGUUGGCCGAAUCCUCGGAGCUUGUCUGCAUAUCCCAGGUGCAAAAAAUGCUGUCUUUGGCUCGCAGAGGAAGUUAUAUGACCAUCUUUGAUCAAAUGUUGUGAAGAAUUGGUACAAAUCAAAGGGUAGGCGUCUGGCAGGUCUUCACUUUGUCAUUAGUAAACUUUCAGCGGACGACACGCCAACCAUCCGUUCUUUGGAGUGCCAUUUCCUCCUAGCCACUUCCUAAGGACGGUAUGCCAAGUGCACGGUGGCAGUUGGUGAGGGCGCUGAGGCUUAUCGUUGUAUUUUUCGUGCACACAUCGAUAAGCUCCAGGCUUGCGCAACCAAGCACGGCUCUGCAGCAGCGGGCCUGCGGCAUGGUUUCUAGAGUUUCAGCCCACUUGUCUUGACGGUGUGGCGCAAUCGCCGGACACUCACAUGCAGACAGAUUUGGUAUCCAUCCUAUCCGGGC